CUGCGGAAGAUUGAACAUUUUCAGUAGUUGUGGAAUUACUCAGUUUUAUUGGUUAGAGGAGAGCAGAUUGUGGAAAUGUUCAACACCUGAAGGAGUGAGUGAAUUAAUCCCCGUCCAAAGUACACACACUUUUCAGCCACUAAGCUGUGAGUACACAACACAUUUUCUAUUUGUAAGGCGGAGGCUACAACAGUAGUGCUGUCCAUCCAGUGAAACAGUUGCAGCUGAUUCUUAAUUCACUCUUGGGUCAGUAAUCUUGCCGGAUAUUAUCGCUAUUCUAAAACCGGAUUUUGGUUUCUGGAUAUAUUAAAUUAUCUAUUUCUGAAAUUCUCUGAAGAUUUGGCUUGUUAUAUUUGGAUUUAUUAGUUACAGUAUUCAGAGCAGUUUUUAAAAGGCAAGAAAGAAGUGAAGUUUGAAUGACUAGUUUAGGGAAGAUUUGAUGUUGCCAUCUAUAGACAACAUAACUAAGAGAUACUACAUUGGAUUCAGUAUAAACUCCGUACCAAUCUUGCCUUCAUUUCCGAUAAAGUAAUUGCAGUGGAAAAUCCAAGCUGUAUUCUGAAGACGAUUCAUGGCAGCCAGAGCCUCGAAGUCUAAACGCACUGAGAGACGGCAGCGUAGAGAACGUAUAGCGAGAUCGCGAUGUAGUAACUCUUCCCUGGAUCACGAAAUAGGAGAAGAUUAUCUUGUUCCAGGUUAUAGUUCUAAUGAAACACUUAAGGCGUAUGAAAAAGAAGGCCUCAGUGAUUUAAACACGCUGAGCCCAACAACUAUUCAAGAAACAGAAAACACACCAGGUAUAAUGUCGACAAGUGAACCCAAUAUUAUCAGUAGCCACAGACCGUCUGGCAAAGACAAGAUGUCGCUGGAACGUAACCCAAGACCUCCGCCACCAGAUCUUACCCCAGACCAGUUACUGAUGGCUGUUGACAACUAUCUAAAGAAACAAGUUAGGCACCAUACAAAUCGAGAGGAUCAAUCAGAGAGUGGGCGGAGCAGCAGAUCCAGCCUAACACUUACAGAGACGGAGAUGGAAGAUGGGUUAUCAGGCCGAGACGACCUGGGUUAUGCUACUUUGAAUUGUGGUAUACCAUCAGCUGUUCAAUCCCGGCACUCACUCGGACGUCAGCAUAUGAUGCGACCGAAUAUCGUAGCAGAUAGAUCUGCAUCAAGUCUUAUAUCAAGCGGAAGGUCAGCGCCGGGAACGCUAUCAAAUGUUAGGUCGAGUCACAGUACGAUUUCAAGUAUGGAAGCAGGCAACACGGCAGAGAACGCAUUUCAGAUGAAACAGAUGUCAAACACAAUGCCACAAAAUAACUUUAUUCAAAAUCAAGCGCUUCCAAGUAUACCAGUUGAGGGAAAGCAAAAUAUUCAAAUUAGACCCGAAGCUGUUAAUUUGAACUACCCGCAGCCAGGUCCGAACCCCAUGUUCAACAGCAACAACUCCCUCAGUAACUCAAGACAGACAAGUAUUUCCAGACAUAUGUACGAGUUUCCUCCGAAUUCCCCGACUGCUGCCGUCCCCCUGCCCAGCUUCACUCCAGUACGCAAUGACAACAGACCAAAGAACAACAAAUUUGCACAACCCAAAUACAGGCGAAUUAAAAGCAAGUACUCGUGUUGGGACCAUUGUUCUUGGAAGUGUAUGGCGGUAGUUCUCUUUAUUCUAGUCUGUGCACUAAUAGCAGCUCUCAUCUGUUUAACAGCUGUGAAAUUCUUUCAGCCAGAAACACACCCAGUAAUAGCUGUUGGAGCUAAAACAGAUAACCCAGGGUACUACACCCCUGUUGGAGGGCCAACAAAUCUACCAGAUCCAACUUCAUUACCUUUAGUGGCUGAGCGUGUUCGUCUUGGCCAGCAUAUCAGAAAACCUGUACAAUCUGGAGACUUUUUACAAAUUAUUAUGCAAAUUGACCAUCCAAAAUAUGUCCAAAUGAACCUCACUGUGGGUCAUCAUGCGUUUUUGGCUGUGUACGGACGAAGAGGAGGGCCUCCUACACACACAGUUUACGAUUUUGUUGAGGUGCAUUCUGGGAGGGGUUACCUCCAUGAUCGGAGUAGGCGUCAUACAUUAAAAAACAGUGCAAUUUUUGGAAGAAGUUCCAGUCACCAUCACCCUGAGGAGAAUCGAAAAAGGCAUGGAGGGAAGACUCUUGCUGUACGACAGGAAAGAUCCAUGGCUGCUAAAACGAUAUUUUCUUUCAUUGAAUUCUUGGACGAGGGUUCCUGGUAUAUUGGAAUAUUUAACGAUGGAAAACGAACAGAAGAUGUUAAAUUUGUGUCUGGUGUUAAAGGUGAUGGAGGCAUACCGUGCCUGAAUGACUGUAAUGGUAAUGGACAAUGUGUGGACGGUCAGUGCAAGUGUUUUCCUACGUAUACAGGCGAAGAUUGUUUGAAAGGUAUUUGCCCAAUAUUAUGUAGCACUCACGGGAAAUUUCAUGAUGGGGUGUGUCACUGUAACGUGGGUUGGACGGGUGCCGAGUGUCAAAUUGAAGAGAAUCGGUGCCUUGACCCGGAUUGCAGCGGAAACGGUAGAUGCAUCAACAGCGUUUGCGUCUGCAAUGAGGGUUUUGGCGGCCCCGCUUGUCAAGAAGCUGAUUGCAUGGAGCAUACCUGCUCUGGUAAUGGAAUAUGCCAAAAGGCCAUUUGUUCUUGUCACCCAGGGUGGACCGGGACCAGAUGCCACAUACCGGUGAACCCUGGGAAACAAGCCCAGGGUGAGAUCACCUCAAAUUCAGUUUACAAUGGUCAGCUGACCAAUGUGUUGGUUGGCCCAGCACAUUUAAAACCGCCUAACACCCCUUGGGUGACUGAACUUGGUUAUGGCCCCAGCCCAUCUCAGGCAUCAUCGGACUAUUCCACUGUGGAUAAUGGGGAUGAUCAUAUCUUGAAGAAAGUGGUCCAGUACUGUGAAAUUGACAGAGAAUGUGGUAAUAAGGGAGAGUGCCUGGAGGGCCAAUGUCGCUGUUUGCCAGGCUGGGGCGGUGUCAACUGUUCGGCAGAAUUGUGCACAGCUAACUGCGGUGAUCACGGCACCUGUGAAGGAAAUAUGUGCGUUUGUGACCAGGGGUGGAACGGAAAAUUCUGUAGCUUAGAAGGCUGUCCGUCUCUCUGCAAUGGCAACGGCCUCUGUAAAAAGGUGGAUGGAGAAUGGAAAUGUAUAUGUCCACGAGGAUUCGGAGGUGAAAGCUGUGACAUCACAAAAGAACUUGAUUGUGAAGACACAAUGGAUAAUGAUGGAGACUUGCUAAUGGACUGUGAGGAUCCUGAUUGUUGUAUGAGGGCGGUUUGCAGUACGGACUCGAUCUGCAGAACCGUCCCAAAUCCAACAGUAAGGUUAACGCAAAGGGAAGCAACGUCUAGAUCUUUCUAUGAUCGCAUGAAGUUUCUGAUACAGCCGAACAGCGUCCAAAUCGGUGCCCAAAUUGAAGAACGGCAAAAAAAACAUACAUCUGUUGUACGGGGAAUGGUGACGACAGAGGAUGGAAGUCCUCUGAUUGGUGUCAUGGUUACAGUUCUGAAUAAUCCAGCCCUGGGAAGAACGUAUACGCGAUAUGAUGGAAUAUUUGAUAUGCUGGUUGUUGGAGGUGGAUCCAUCCAACUUCAGUUUACUCGAGAGCCACUAGCCAUGACCACUGUUGCUAUCCUGGUUCCAUACGGGGAUUUUAUUUACAUUGAUAACAUUGUGAUGAUCUUAGCCGGGAUGGAUAGUGAUGACGAUGUUCCCACUGGUGCACGGAAUUGCUUUGGAACCCACCAUGACAGGCCUAGCUUUGUUGUGCUGCCCUCUAUGGCUGGAACUGAUGCAGCAUGCAGUAAGAAUGGCGUGAUGUUGGAUAGAAAGAUUGUCCAUGAACGAAUUUUGAUCCCACAAACAAAGUUCAGCCUGGACUACCUCAGCAGUGAUGCUCCUGACUACGAAAGCACCAUUAGCAUCCAGUUGACCAAUGACCUGACAGAAGAUGACCCAAUCAUUGUGCAUAUCCACAUCUCCGUGCAAGGAAAACUCUUUAAAAAACGCUUGGAACCCGAACCUUAUCUUCAGUAUACAUUUGGUUGGAAUCGCACCAACGCAUACGGUCAAAAAGUGUACGGCGAGGUGACGGCUAUUGUUUCAGUGGGCUAUGAAUUCAAGGGCUGUGAGAAGAUACUCUGGGACAAACAGGCUGUGAAAAUUCAAGGCUAUGAUUACAACUUCUCAGGCCUUGCUGGAUGGAACCUGCCUAUGCUGUAUAGCUACAAUCCAAUACAAGGUGCCGUAAGUGGAGGUGAUGGCUCACACAUCUUCCUUCAUAAUGAACCCAAAGUAAUCAACACUAUAAUGGGUAAUGGAAAAUUACGGAGUCUGCCUUGUACCCAAUGUGACGGUCUUGCAAAAGACGCCAAGAUGCGGGCUCCGAUUGCGCUCGCUGCUGACUCAAAAGGCAACAUCUACGUUGGCGACUUCAAUUUUAUUCGAAAGAUUGAUCUCGGCGGAAAUGCUUCCAAUUUAGUAAAACUAAGUGAAAAUCCAACAUACAAAUACUACCUAGCCACAAGCCCACUAGAUGGUGAGGUAUACCUGUCGAGUAAUCAGAACAGGCGUAUCUAUCGAAUCCUGAAUAAGUCCUCUCCACAUGACGUUGAAAACAACCUUCAAGUAGUUGCGGGAACCGGAGGACUCUGCCUUCCUGUUGAUGCCUACAGAUGCGGUGAUGGCGGUCCUGCUGAUGAAGCUAAACUUAUUUCUCCCAAAGGUAUUACUGUGGCCAAUGAUGGCAGUGUUUACUUCGUUGAUGGGAACAUCAUCCGAAUGAUUUCUCCAGAUGGUGUCAUCAGUACACACCUUGGAUCUCAUAGCCUACUAACUGCACCAAGAGCAUUUGCAUGUGAUAGGAGCAUGUCGUUUGAAGAGGUGAACCUAAACCAGCCAACAGAGAUGAGCAUCAACCGCAUUGACAAUUCUCUUUAUGUUGUCGAUGAUGAUGUUGUCCUCAGAAUCACCAUGGACAAUCAAGUUACCAUAGCUGCCGGUGUCCCAACUGGUUGCCACACCAGUCAGUCCCACAUCCAGCAUUCAGAUGAUGAUUCUACAGAUGUUGCAAUAGCAGCAAAUGAAGUUCUGGUGUCACCAAGUGCUAUUGCUCUUACAUAUGAUGGCAAGUUAUAUAUAGCAGAGACAAACCUAGAGGGAAUCAACAGAGUGAGGUUGGUCACACCAAAUGGAAUGAUUCAAAGAUUUGUUGGCAGGGAUUCCUCUUGUGACUGCAUGCAAGACACUUGUGAUUGUUUUGAUGGCAAUAAGUCUGUUGCAGUUGACACGUUGCUUCAUGCACCAACAGCACUGACCACCCUUUCUGACGGUACUCUGGUAAUUGCUGAUCAAGGUAAUUUGAGAAUUCGGACAGUGGGAUCAAGUGUUCCGAUUGUCAAGCGACACCAGGUUUACGAGAUUCCUUCGGAAAGUAAGACCGAGGUUUUGGUGUUUGACAGUUUUGGCCAACACAUCAAGACCAGAGACACUCUAACAGAACAGGUGCUAUACAACUUCACCUACACAUCAAAAAAACUGCUAAAAAGCAUCACGGACGUUUAUGGCAGUGUUAUCACGAUUCAUUACAAUUCGGAUAACAAACCAACACAAAUGUUGGUGCCAACUGGAGAUGCAAUCCAGUUAAGUGUCAGUCGAAAAGGGUUUCUUACCAGAGUAUCUGGAGUAGGUUUGAACAUCGCCAUCAAGUAUACCAGUGAGGAGUCCGGUCUGCUGCAGAAGAUGAUUGGAAAAAGUGGCGAGUUUCAGACAUACAAUUAUGAUCAGUUUGGUCACCUGAUGUCCAUAGUUAGUCCAACUGGAUACACAUCAUCCAUAGCCAGUAGACUCAACAGAACACACAGCAUCGUCAGUGUCGGAUCCGCUGUAGACACACGUACAAUCAGUUUCUCUCAGCGGCUUCCGCACUCAGUGAACCAUAACCUAGUGAAAGGUGAUAUUUCGACAGCAGUCAGUAUUCAAAAUGAUGGUGCAUCGAUCAUCAAAUACCCAAAUGAUGGUAGUAUCAUUCUCGAGCCCGGCAGACACCCUCUAUUUCAGGGUGACCCCGUGAUCCUGACUACCAAACGCAAGAUCAGUUUCCCCGGAAGUAAUGUCCACCGACUUGAAUGGCGUUUCUACGGACGUCGUGGAGGUAGACAAGGACGGCGCAAGAUCAUAAUCGUCGGAAGACGAUUAAGAGUGAAUGGGGAUAAUGUUCUUACGUUUGAGUACAACAGGUUCACCAGAGCUGAAUCGAUUAAAUUGGGUAAUGAUGAAGAAAUACUGACGAUACAUCAUGAUAAUGGGCACCCUAACGAAUGGAGGCCUAACAAUGGAAUAUUGCCUGUUAAUGUUUCCUAUGACAAUCGAGGGCGCUUCAUUAAGUGGCAGCAAGGCCUGCUUAUCGAAAGCUUCAGAUACGACAAUGCUGGACAUAUGACGGGGAGGGCCUACGACAAUGAUAUGACGAAAGCAUGGAAAUUCACAUAUGAUAGAGAUGGAAAUUUGGAUGAAGUUAUUCUGCCAUCAGGGAAUUCUUACUUAUUGGCUUAUGAUAACUUGGGUUUCCUGGCAACCAUCAUCAUGCCAAGUGGACUUCGACAUAAUGUGGUGACAUCAACUGGUCUUGGUUUUUACAGGAAGAUUUACUCCUCAUACAACAAUACAGCUUGGCUAGUUGUAGACGAAUCAACUUCAAAGAAACCACUGCGAUUGUUUUAUCCACGAACAAAACGACAGGUCCAAUAUUUGUACGAUACACAGGACAGAUUAUCAUCAGUAAUUGAUGAGCAGCAAAUCACGAAGUUCUCCUACUACAAGAACAGCGGUCAACUGCGGACUGUUGACAUCGAGACAGCUGAUUACAACCAUCAAUUGCGAUACAAGUACUUCGGCUCACUCAUAUCCCAGCAAGUUGUACGAACUCCAAGUGAAGCGGACUCCGUUAGCGUGCGUUUCAUAUAUGAAUAUGACGAAAAUUUUAAAGUAGUAUCGAUCAAAUCAGAAUUUAACUCCACGGAUGUUGCCGAUUAUACUCGGCGUUAUGACAGCAAGAAGGGGUUAUUGGUGGAAUUUGGAGGAUUUAACGUUCGGUAUGAUUAUACAAGUACGAUCAUGCAGGCGAUAAGCGAUAAAACAUUUUCGAUGCAGAAGCAAUUUGGUUCGUACAUUCUCCUUCAAUCUGUACAAUAUCAAAUUGAGAAUGAUCGUCUCUUCGUCAUGACUUUAUUGUAUGAUACGCACGGUCGUGUAGCCAACCGCUCAAUUGAAUUCGCUGGACACCGUGAUGUGAUGAGUUAUUCGUAUAAUGAGGAUGGACAACUGAUAGAAGUAGAGAAGAACUCCAAUCCGCAGUGGCACUACUCUUACGACAGAAAUGGUAAUAUGGAAACAAUCAGCACGGGGGGAAGCGUUACAACAUUAGAAUACGAUAACGAGGACAGGAUUACAAAAUAUGGUGCAGUGAAUUAUAAAAUAGACAAAGAUGGCUUUCUUACUCACCGUGGUAAUGAGGUGUUUGAAUACAACUCAGAAGGACAGUUAAUACAUGCGCACCAAGAGAAUCAAUACGAAGUAUGGUACCGUUAUGAUGGUCUCAAAAGACGCAUAUGGCGGAAAGACAGCCAUGGCGAACAAACACAAUACUUCUAUGCGGAUGUUGAUCGGCCAUCGAGGAUUACACACAUCUUUGAACAUGCUACACAAGAGAUGUGGAUUCUUGACUACGAUCUUCAAGGCCAUCUGUUUUCCAUCAAUAAGGGUGGUACACAGUUAUAUGUGGCGACAGAUCAUGUUGGAACCCCAUACGGUAUGUUCAAUACGGCUGGUGAAAUCCGACGGGAAAUUACUUACACACCGUUUGGUGGCGUUAUUGCUGAUCUGUUCCCGGACUUUAUCUUGCAUAUUGGCUUCAUGGGCGGACUAUAUGACCCAUUGACGCACCUUGUACAUAUCAACAAGAGGGAUUAUGAUCCUCGGAUUGGUCGAUGGACAUCACCUGAUGUUGAUUUUUACAAUGCAAUUGGUAAAGCUCAGAAAACGAAGUUGUUAAAUUUGUACACAUUCUUUGGCAAUAAUCCUACGAAUUUGGAUCAAGAACGAAACUACUACAUGGAUACUUCAUCAUGGUUGCCUGUACUAGGUUUUAACAUCGAAAAUAUGAUGCCCCAAGUGACAAGUAGAGGUGAAGUCUGGAGGGGUUCACCAAGUGACUGGAAAGAGUCUACAAAUAUGUGCCAGGAUUCAACAUCACCAAUGUGUCGGUUUGCCAACCAACUGGAUGCAUUCAAUAUUCACUUCAAAGCCAACCCGACAACGCAGCUUAUACCCAGCGUUCUUGACCAGACAUCAAAGAGCUGCUCCAACCUUCGCUCAAAGGCUGGACUCCAGCUUUCGCUGAAGAGAGGCAUCUUACUUGUCAAGCCACCGGAAGGUGGCAGCAACAUUGACAGGAACGUUGCAGCUGUUUUGAGCGGAACCAUUCCUUUGCAACAUCUUCGCCAAUAUGACAACACUAAGGAACAUGUUUACCUUGUGAAAGAAUCUGGUUUUAUGAAUGAUUUAGGAUUAUUUGGACUUACACAAAGUCUUUCACAAAGGACUAUUGGACAAUACAAUAUAACGGUUGUACAGAGGUCGCUGGAUCAUCGGGGACUUGAUAUCAGUACGGACAAUACCGUUUGGCAUAUAUAUUACGGCGUUAGUGUCAGUGACGCCACUGCAAAAGUGUUGGAAUACGCAAAGUUGGUUGCAACUGAAGAUGCCUGGAAGAAAGAGCAGGCAAAUUUGAUAGAUAUGAAGAAAGGAAGAAGAGAGUGGAGCGCCGAGGAGAAGAGACAGAUUAUAGAACACGGAAGUCUCCUUGAAUAUGAUUCGUAUUACGUCAUGGAUAUCUCCACUUACCCACAGAUUGCAUUUGAUGGAAAUAGUAUAACAUUUUUAACGCCUGAAGAAGCCAAGUUUCACCCAAUAAUGCGAUGAUAGUCUGCUAGCUGUUUUUGUUUUUGUUUAUUGAACUUUUCAAAGGAAACAUGUACAAUUAUUGCAUCUUGAAAGAAAUUGUUUCUACAAAUAGCAGCUGAUGUUUAAGAAAAACUGCUAUGUUUAAUACAGUAUCUGAAAACAUUGAGACUUGUCGUGUUUGAGGGAGGAAAGCUGUUUUGCAAUAGUUCUUCAUAAUUUGUUUUUGCAACCUUCUUUGGUUUUUUUUUUCAUACAAAAAAUGAGACCCAAGCAAAGAAGCAUUUUGAGAUUUUAGAAAAAAGAUGGUGCUAGGUGUAUUAGUAGGUUUAAAUAGUGAAAUUUAGAAAACACUGCAUGAUAUUAUAAGCAGCAAAAAUGGACACUGAUUUGUCUGUUUCUGUAAAGAUAAAGAAUGUUGCUAUCUCCUAUGUGUGUAGAAUGAUUGAUUGAUUGAUUGUUGGUUGUGACAUGGCUGAUUGAUUAGCUUAUAAUAAUUUGCUUGUCAAUAAAAUCUGUAUAUUUAAUGUUUUCUGAUACAAAAAAUAUAAUAUUUGAAAAAGUACCCAUUAAUUAAUAUAAGUUGAUUGAUAGACUAUUUUUUAUUGUUUUAUCAAAUUGAAUAAUUGUGGCUAUCAAUUGAUUAGUUUUUUUCAUUCCUUUUUUUUAAAUUUUGAACUCUCUCAGUAAAAAAGACUGAAUUUUAUCAGAAAUUAAGGAAAGGAUACACAAAUUUAAGACACAGGCAAUGUCUACAGACUUUGGACAAUCACAUACUUAAUCACGUAAUUACAAUUAUUUUGUAUCAAUAAAUUGAUUGAUUUGGCUCUUUUUUACAAACUAUAUCGAUGAAAUUUUACAACUCAAUUUAUACUGGAAUAGUUGAUUGAAGAAAUCAUUAAGUGUGCAAUUGUUAUUGAGACAAUUGCUAAUGACAGUCAAAACUUGUGUGUUGUACAAUUCUCCAACCAUUAUCAGUAGUGUAAACUGAUAAUAUAUUUAGAUAAUUAAAACAGUAUUAAAUAAUAGAUAUUGAAAAAUACAUAUCUAUUGGGACUGAUACAAUAUUAUUUCAUAUUGUUUUACCGGUUGUUUUAUAUAAUAAUAAUAAUAAUCAGAAUUCAAUAGUUUAUUGAUUUCCUACUAUUAUUAUGCAAAUGAGUUUUAAACUAUUUCCCUUAUCAUCUAUCAUGCCGAAGGUGUCAAUCAUCAGUAAAAAUGUAAAACCCUGUCCAUGUAUAGUCAUGAUGUGCCUAUAUAUGGUGAUGAUGUGAUGUCAUCAUGACCAUAUUUAGGCAUGUCACAUGUUUUUGUCAAAUCAAAUGUGAUAGUCUGGACAGGGCUUUCAUAUUUGUACUAGUUUCCACUGUAUAUAUAUUGUAUUUUUCUAGAUUUCCUUAUGCUACCUUGAUUUCAAUCUGGGGAAAAAAACAAACAAAAACAUCUUGUUUUUGUACAUCACAUACAUAAUGGUUUCUCGUCAGAAAGAAACCAUUAUUCAUUAUUUAAUGUUUACUAUUGACAUUUUGCUAAUUAUGUCUACAAUCGGAUGACUUAAUGGUAUCUUUUGAAUAUUUUUACAUGUGUACAGGUUGUGGAAAAAAGGGCCCUAGCUUAAUGUAUUUAUUUGUUGAUAUUUUUCCAUUGUCUUAAGCAGGCUUAGAGACAGAACUGUAAAGCUGAUACAAUAAGAGUAUGCUAAAAUAUGUUUUAAGUAAUAUGUUCAUUUUCUCUUCAUAUUUACGUGCCAAAUAUGUAUAUUAUACAUGUCCUAAUGUUUUUCAAAUGAUAAAAAUGUAAAAUAUAUGUAAUAGUAUUUAGUAAAAACAAAUGGCAUCAUACAACCUUGAAUUUAAUAAUUUUAAGCAGUGAUUUUGUUAAUUAGUAUUAGUUUAUUCCCAUUUAUUUUACUGUUAAAACCAAACUAUUUUAAUUAUCCAUAUUGUAGUUAAUUCUAAUGUUGAAGUUUAUUAUUAAUUAUUUGCUACCAUAAUUGUGUGCUUUAUAUUUUUAAAGCAAUUGUUUUGUAAAUAUUUAUUUUUUGACAAUGUGUUCUUCCCAUGUUAUAGACUUUGGGAUGAGAUUUUAUUUGAGUUGCAAUUUACUUUUUGUAAACAAUUAAUUAUUAAUCCAUUAUUAAUUUAUUAAUUACUACAUAAUACUUAAUAGAUAAAUUAAUAAUUUAUUAUUAAUUUCUUACUAACAAUUAAUAUUUAAUCUGUGUUUAUUCCAAAAUUUCUGAUUUCAACAUAUUUUUCAUAGCACUUUGAUUUUCUAAUUAACCCUGUCCUCGCGUCUUUCAAGAAUUUAGAGAUGUUAGAAUAUGUACAUAAUAAAUAUGAAUAAAAUUGUGAAAUGAAUAUUAAAUUUUGUGAUUUUUUAAAUAUUCUUUUUUAUUUUUAUUGAUGUUGUAUAAAGGAAUUCAAGUAAUAAGUUUUGCUGAGACUUUAGUGUGUCGCAUUUAAAUUUUUAGGUUGUUUUUUUUUUAUAACCACAUGAUAAAUACAUGUUAAGAAGCUAUCUACUGGCAUAUAAUACUGUAAUUAAAUAAUCAAUAAUAUUGUAUUAAUUACUACUAGGUACUUUUUAUUACCUGCUAAAAUAAAUAUAAUUAUUAAUUAUGCCUAUAGUAAUUGCUUCUUUCAUAGUCAACAUACAGUUGCAAUUUAAAUACAGAGGGCGGUAUAUUAAUUGCAUAAUUGUUGAGGGCGCCCUCCAAAUAACUUUUUUUAACAUGAGCAAUUAAACAAAAUGAUGUGAUUUGUAUCUUUGCAUUUGUAAUCAUGCAGCCUAGCUGAAUGUGAAAGACUUGUUUAUAUGGCCAUGUUUAAGAAGGGUCAUGUAUGUGGGUGGUGUGUUUGUGUGUGUGUAAAAAAAAGCUCUUUUGUCAAUUUUAAAGAUGCCAAGCUAACCACGUUUAAAGUUUUAGCAUUACCUGUAUUUAUAAAGCUAACAUGUUUUAUUCCAAAUAUGAUAGAUGAGUACUUACAAAUGUUGUUGCCAGGGAACAGGUGAUCCUUGACAUAUCUAUCUUUCUUUCAAUUUUCAAUAUUUAUUUUUAUUUUAUUUUUUUUUUUCCUCCUUUUUCAUCAUGUUCCCUUGAUUUGUAAAGGCUGCUUAUGUUGUAGAGAUGAAUAUACAUAUAUUUACCAUGUUUAUUAAUAAAAGGACAUUUUUUGUCAUAAAGUAA